AUGGAUUCUCAGGAAGUUUCGGAAUCGAGAUCGAAAAAGAAGAGGAAGAACAAAAAGAAAGGCACGACCACGGCUUCCGUGUCAACAGCUCCUAGAGAACCACAGACGACAGAGCACACGUCCAAGGCACAAGCAGAAGACGAUUCAGACACGUCAAUCCACGAUCAAGAAGAGUCCGAUGCUCAGCCUGCAGACACCAGCGCGGCCACCUCGAUCGACGACGAAACUAUGCAGACUCUGGUUAACGGAACUGAUGGUGUGCGCAUUUCUGAUGACAUGGCCGCAGCCACCGCACGCUUCGAUGCUUUAGUGCGUGACCGUGACGCCCUGCGAGACGAGGUCACCCGUCUGAGACAGAACUUGGAAGAGGUGCAAAGGAAUCACGAUGAACAGCUGGCAGAUGUGCGAAAUGAGUUGGAGGCAGUGCAGGGUGAGCGAGAGACUGCAGAGGAGAACUACCAGAACCUAUUGGGCAAAGUAAACACUAUACGAUCUCAGCUGGGAGAGAGGCUUAAAGCAGAUGCAGAAGAUCUUGCCCAAGCUCGCACAAAAAUAGACGAACUAGAAGAACAGAGAUCUGAGAUCCAGGAAAACUACACCUUGAAAGCUAAAGAGGUUGAAGACCUUGCAACCAGAAAUUCACAAAUAGAGGAAGAACUUGCAGAGAUACGCGAGCGAUCGACGCUGUCACAGCAGAACUGGGUCAAAGAGAGACAGGAAUUGCAAGAGCAACAAUCUUACUGGCGUGAGGAAUUUGAUCAGGCGAAACAGGCAAUGCACGAUUGGGAAGUUCUAGCUAUGGAGGAACGUUCCAUAAGAAGAGACCUGUCGGAUCGCGCAUCUGAUCUGGAAGAACAACUGGCUAACCUACAACGAGAUUAUGACCGUGCAAUUGGUGAUCGAGACACCCAAGCCAGUGCUGUUGAUGGUCUACAAAGAGCGAUGCAGGAAAUCCAGAAUGCACGAAAGAAAGAGCUUAGAGAAGUCGUUGAAUCGAGUCAGAAUGAAGUCGCGGACCUACGAAAGACGUGCGACCAUGUCAAAGCUGAACUCAAAGCUACUCAAGACACACUUAAACAGGUGCAGGCGGACCUGGAUCGGGCAUUACCCUUCGAGAAGGAAGUAAAAGAGAAGAAUCUGCUAAUAGGAAAGUUGAGGCACGAAGCAGUAAUACUGAACGACCAUCUUACUAAGGCCCUGAGAUUUCUUAAAAAGGGCAAGCCAGAAGACAAUGUUGACAGGUCAGUAAACCUCCAGCCAAAUUUGAGCCGCGACACGAGAACUGACGAACCACAGACAAAUUGUAACAAAUCACCUCCUCCACUUCCUCGCGCUUGA